GUUGACUAUUACAAAAACCAUAACUAACCAACAUGAUGCCCCUUUAAAAGAGAUGAAAGGGAUGAUGAUGUAGUGUAUUGCAUGAUGCCAUUGGUGAGCUAACCAAGCACCAACCAGACUGAUGAUUGAUAGAAGGCCCCCAUUUCUUACUACUUCACUACUUCAGUCAAGGGCGUUAGUGAAGUUCAGCGUUGACGUUUGUCCACAAGUCCUGAUGUCUGAUGAGUGGAGGGUAACAGAGCCCAACAAAUUGUAUAGUGUCAACUGAUUGGACUAACUACCCUCUGUUCUCCUUCUCCUAUUAACUCUCUCUGCAGCUUCCCCCCUGUCCUUGUCUUUGCGUUGUGGUGGUUUCAACCUCUUCGUGGUUUACUUGGGUUAAAUCGCGUGCCCAGGUACCAACCAACAAACCCACAAAAUUUCAGACAUUUAAUUCCCCGCGCCAUGAACUUUGCCUCUUUUGAUCAUCUUCUCCAUUCCAUUUUUCCAACUGUUUUGUUUGUCCAGUCCCUGCUUCUGACCCGACCUGAUCGCCCAGCCAAGAGACCCGCCCACCUUGGUACCGCUUACCUUACGGGGUUUAUACUGUAAUGUAUGUACAGUACAUACCAUACGAUACCAUACCAGCUCCUCCACCCCCGUACCGAACCGUACAGCGCAUCCCUCCCCAUCCCUCCAUCCCACCUUCUCGCCGCAACAUCUCCAGGCCAGGCUAUAUUAUUAUUUGAUGGGACCAUCCUCUCCCGCCAGCCACUGUCCAUCGCCCAAGUACCAUUCAAUUGGCAUUUGUUCCUCGACUUUCCUUCUAUUAUUCUUUCUUUUGCUUCUGCGCCGGAUUCGUUCACCCUCCUUGCCCGAAGAGGUACUGCGACAAGCUGCCCCUCUGCCCGACGCACGUUCGGAACGCUGACGAUAGUAAUAAUAAUAAUAUCAAUCGCUCCAUGUGUCGCUUGGAAUAAAAGCAGCUCCCAGUAUUUCCCCCUACGCUACGCCGAUCUACAUAACCCUCGUCUCCUCCUCAAUCUGCUACGCCGGCUUCUCUCUCUCCAUCAGCCUCAUCAGACUCCCUCUGCCUCUUCUACCUCUUCCACCUCCUUCCUCUUCGCCCACUCCUCCCGUUGUCGUUCAUUGGCAUUGGAAGGACCCCUAAGGUCGCGUUUAACCUGCUGUCUGUCAUUUUCCCUCGUUGGGUGGCAUCACAUCAGUAACCCUACUAUGGACCUCUCAGUCCUCACCGAUCUUGCACCUCGAAGGCAACCCCAAACAAAAGCUGAGUUAGACUCUCCGAAAAACGAGUCUCACGGAACUGUAAACUCUACGUACACUGAAGAAUACCCUUGUUACGAGGAAAACGGACGAUUGUAUCAUGGAUUUCGACGAGGCAUAUACAUGUAUCCGUGCGAUGAACUAGAACGAGAUCGUCUGGAUAUUUUCCACAAAGUAUUUUUGGUGGCUCGCGGGAAUGUGCUACAUGAUGUUCCAAUCAGCAAUCCUUCUCCGCUUAUGAAUAGCCUUUCGGGGGGCCCUCGAAUGGUUACCGAUCACGGCCCUCGAAUACUAGAUCUUGGCUGUGGAACCGGAAUGUGGGCAAUGGAAAUGGCCUCGCGGUACCCACACGCAUACGUGUUGGGGAUUGACCUGGCGGCGAUGCAGCCCCAAGAGCACCCGCCAAAUUGCGAUUUUCAGACACCUCGGGACUAUGAGAGCCCUUGGUUUUUGGGAGAGAAUUCUUGGGAUAUGAUUCAUCUCCAAAUGGGAUGUGGGAGUGUGUCGAACUGGCCUAAUUUGUAUCAAAAGGUUAUACGACACCUGCGUCCUGGGACAGGGUACUUCGAACAAGUGGAAAUUGACUUUGAACCGCGCUGCCACGAUGAGUUCUCGGCUGAUCAGCCCCUUAAUCGAUGGUAUUUAAAUCUGAAGGAGGCAACAGAUCAGGCGAAUAGGCCGAUCGCGCACAAUCGAAGCACAACGCAUAUGCUGAAAGAAGCUGGUUUCGUGGAUAUAAAGCACCUGAUGCUUGGCCUGCCGCUAAACACAUGGCCGGAUGAAAAAUACGAAAAGGAGGUUGGAAAAUGGCAUAAUUUUGCCUUUUCCGAUAGCACCUAUGCUCUCAUACUUGGGCCUCUCAGCCGUGUAAAGGGCUGGUCGGUCGAGCAAAUUGAUUUAUUGGCCCAGGAAGCACGAGCGCAGGCGUUUGAUAAACGCACCCAGGUGUUCAAUCUUCUGCAUAUAUAUACUGCCAGACGACCAGACAACCCAAUCCGAUGAAAGCGCACUUUUGUGCUUAAUUUCACUAGUCCGACGUUUGAAGACAAACCCUUCACUCCCCACGUCAGUGGUUUCCUACCAUCUCUUUCCCCCUCCCAAGAUCCGGUUUGAAUGGCACAAUAUCGAUUCUGAGUACAUCUUACGCGUUGUCCCGAUAAAUAUGAUUGCGGCUUCUCAGAUCAUCCCGAAACGGGCGGGACUGUUGUAUUCCAGCUUUUGACUGGUUUGGUAGAGGCCUCGUCGCAUACCCCCUUUCGGGUCCAAAUGCCUAUAGUUAUCCUUUGACUUGUUGGUAAGAAGCAUCAAAUAUCGGUGAAGGACCACUAUUGAAAAGCUAUGCAACUUGAAAAUCUCGUUGCCCAACUCCAAGGAACAGUAAUGGGGUCCGGAGACACACAAAAGUCCAUUUAAUUAAUGACCCGACCAAACGACAUUGCAACGACGAAUUCCUUUCCUCCAUUUCUUGUUUUGAAAUCUUUAUUCCGUCUUAUGCCCUCAACAACUAUAGACGUUUCCUCCCUGAUUUUGCCUGCUCAUUUAAUUUUGAAAAUUUUUCAUUUAAUUUUGUUUGUCGAUCGUUAUUGAGCCCUUGUACCUCUUCCAUUCCGUCGGCUUUGUUCCACAUCCCCUACCUACAGUCAUCAGUUUCCUAGGCUAUUAUUCGUACAGCAUUCUCUCCUGGGUUCCUGGACAUGAAUAAUUUUUUUUAUUAUUAACCAUGAUAUACACAUAGAUCGGAAAGACAUCAAAAGCCAUAGCGGGGGAACCAUGAUGGAGGUUUCUCUUGUUUUCUGUAUCCUCAUGCCUUCCUUUCUUUUGGUGAGGAUGAUAUAAUGACUCUCGAUACGAUGAAUGAUUGAUGUCUAGCUUGUAUGGCGCUCUCUCUUUCUCUCCAUUCCUGGCCCUCUCUUUUCUUGCUUUGGUGACCCAUUCACUAAAUAUUCCAAAGAUGUUAUCCUUCUUUCCUAUUUGUUGUCAUAUAUAUACUGCUACUUUAUUUUUCUUUCGAUAUAAACUAUUUUUAUCCUCCAUAUAUGCAUGUCCAUAUCCCUAUUUCGCGCAUUCUUCCAUCCUAAUCUCACCACGAUUAAUUGUCCAACCAUACAUCCCUUCCAACUAUUACUAUUGUUCAUUUUUCAGGUGGGAGAGCGGAAUAGAAAAAUAUAUAAAAUCAGCAGAAAAAGGUUACUUCUUUUGCCUUACCUGACCUGGCACAACUUGCUUUUCCAUAUAUUCUUGCUCCGCCUUGCUUCAGACAGAAACAACCCAACGUUUUCCGUUUAUCCAGCCCACAGGUUCUUUUUGAACUAUACAAUCCAACCAGGUGAUUGGCUCCCUCCCUUUGUUUCUCUUCGCACAACCUCUUACUCUCGCUAUUGUUUCUAUUCUUUCCCACCGCCCCCAAGUUUCACUAGUUAGUGGUUGUUUUUUUUACUCAUAUCAUUUCCACUGGAAGACAUUGGAAACUGGUGGAAGAUAAGAGCAACAAUGCAGAUGUUGAAGUGAAUCGCAGAGCAUGCCAGCGCCUCCUUCGCUCCCCUCUUUUCUUUUUCCCUCUUUGUUCUCAGGACCCGACAGAGCGGAUACUGCACGCGCGAACAUGGACUUGGGGGCUCGCUGCUGUAUAUCCAAUUUAGCCAGUCACCUCCUAGCUCGUUGGUGCUUUUUUGCCAUGAUGCGGCGCGGGCGAGCGGGCUUCGCCGCUGGUUUUAACCCGGUUUUUUCGCUUUUUCUCUUGGUUUGUAUGGAUGUAUGUAACUAUGUACAUGUACAUGUACAUACAUACAUUAUGUGUGCGCUGACAAGAUAUUUAACAUUGUUGUGGAAAAUGAUAUGUGUGCUUUCUCUGUUUUCUCUUUGCUUUUUUUCUGUUGUUUUCUUUUUCCUUUUCUAUUUCCGGAUUUUCCCCUUUGGAUUCGUAGCCUAUUGUUUUCUUCGCGGUUGGUGUGAUGUAGGGCAACGGGAAGGAGAGUUAUAUUGUCCUCCGUUUAUCGGACCUGGAAUGAUGCAUUGUUUAUUUUAUUACAAGUUGGAAUGAAACACUGCAACAUCCCACUAUGAUGAAUAUUAAGAACCUCCCAGGGUGAAUGGUGCGCCACGUUGGGUAAGAAAUUCAGCUCGAAGAACCAACAGGUAUUUCACCCUCUAACAAUAGAUGUGCGGGAGAGUUCUUGGGGGCCUAACACAAGAUAACACACAUCCCAUUGGCAAAUGAGCACACACAUCUUGAGCUGUCCUUUCAUCAUAAUACAUCACGAUCGUCAUUAUUAUCAAAAUUCUCUGGUGCCUUAUCUCCGCCGCCCCUUGUUUUGAGCACGGCCCAUGCCAUUAUUCGUAACAGCAGCACCUCCGCUUUCCCCACCAUUAUUACCGCCCGCACUAUUAUUGACUGGUUCCUUCGCCGCACCGGGACUUCUUCGCCGCAUGGUCCCCGGUCCCACAGCCACGAUGUCAUCCUCGCUCUCACUGUCGCUUAUAUCGAGUAGGACAGGCAUGCGGAAGGCAUGCAAGGCACCCCCCGCAUCAUCCUCUUCGCCCUUGACCGGCUCAAUGGUCAAAACGUCCGGUUCCUCGUCCUCUAGAUCUAGACGGCGCUGAUGCACCUCCUCAGCGGGGUGGAUGUCAUAUUCAUCCUCGCGCUCCACAUACGCGACAUUCUCCUCUACCUCUGCAAAAUCCGGCGCUAGCGCAGACCAUUUCUGCGGGCUCACUAUCGACCAUGUAUAUAUGCAUCCCGACUCGAGGCCGCAGGCUGCCACCAUCGGACGGCUAGGAUGCCAUUCUACAACGCCUAGUUCUUCCUUCGGGCCUUCGAGGAUCUUCACGAGAGAACCAUGGCUGCGUUCCCAGACGUAGAUGUCAUGGUUCAUGAAGGUGGAGGCCGUAACGAAUUCUCCUGUGGAUGAGAAGGCGACGUGGUUCCA